AGUUUUCAGCAUGGCUCUGGGAGGGGAGGAACGCAAGAGAAGGAAGGGCUCGGAGCGGAGACAGAGCUCUGGAGACGGCGUGAGCUGUGCGGCCAGCGACUACCUGGUGGGACAGGUCGCCGACAGCUUGCGGGGCGGCCCGCGGCCUCCUGGAGGCGGGACGGGGCGGCUGGCCGCUCUCUUCAGCACCGCGGAGCCAUCGGCUCCUCCUGUAUUUGUGCCUGUGCCCCAGGAAACAUCUAAAAAAAGAAAACUUGAUGAUGAUGAUGAUGAUGAAGAAGAGAGUGUGUCCCAAACUAAAAAGCCAGUUUUGCAAGAGCCUUCGAGAAAAGUGAAAGUGAAGAAACUCUCUGAUGCAGACAAAAGACUGGCAAACAGGGAAAGUGCUCUAGCAAGUGCUGAUCUAGAAGAAGAGCUUCAUCAGGACCAAGGGCAGGGAAGAAGGAGAAGGUCUCAGUCUCGGGGUAAAGUGGCAGAUGGAGAAGCACUGGACGUUGCCCUCAGCCUUGCUAAGGAUGGGGGCCAAAGAACAAAAAUCCCAGUCAACCCCGAAGAGGAGCGGUUAAAAAACGAGAGGACUGUGUUUGUUGGCAAUUUGCCUGUCACAUGUAAUAAAAAGAAGCUGAAGUCAUUUUUUAAAGAGUAUGGACAAGUAGAAUCCGUACGAUUUCGUUCUGUGAUGCCAGCAGAGGGGACACUAACCAAGAAGUUGGCUGCAAUAAAACGUAAAUUUCAUCCUGACCAGAAAAGCAUCAAUGCAUAUGUAGUGUUCAAGGAUGAGAGCGCCGCUGCAAAAGCUCUGCAAAGAAAUGGGGCCCAGAUUGCAGAAGGAUUUCGUAUUCGAGUUGAUCUGGCAUCUGAAACGGCCUCUAGGGACAAGAGAUCAGUAUUUGUGGGGAAUCUUCCUUACAAAAUUGAAGACUCUGCUUUGGAGGAACACUUUCUGGACUGUGGAAGCAUCGUGGCAGUGAGGAUCGUGAGAAACCCACUUACAGGAGUCGGCAGAGGAUUUGGCUAUGUGCUCUUUGAGAACACAGAUGCUGUUCAUCUUGCUUUGAAGUUAAAUAAUUCUGAGCUAAUGGGAAGAAAACUGAGAGUCAUGCGUUCUGUUAAUAAAGAAAAACUAAAACAACAGAAUUCAAAUCCAAGCUUGAAGAAGGAUGUCAUUAAACCUAAGCAAAGACUUAAUUUUACUUCCAAAGAAGGAAAAUUCCAUUCCAAAGAAGGAAAAUUCCAUUCCAAGAAUGCAUUUAUUGGAGAAAAGGCAGUUCUCAUGAAAAAGAAAAAGAAAGGACAAAAGAAAAAAGUACAAAUGAAGAAACCAAGAAAACAGCAGUAAUAACUGAGGUUGCCUCCUUUCUGUGGUGAAACCUUGCAAUGAGUGUCUGGGUUUUUUAUGGAUUAUGUAGAAAAUGUGGAGGCAUCCACGGUGUCUGGUUUUUGUUUUUGUUUUUUUUUUAAUUCAUGCUAUAUGUAAGGCUUCUUUGAAGCCUUGUUCUUAGAAAUGUAUUUAAAGAAAAAUAAUAAACAUUAAUACUCUGUGUUUAGGAUAAGUGUUCAAAUGGUCACUGUGAGAAUACUGAUUCCAGGUAUAGUCACAGUCCCUAAGAAAGACUUGUGAGCUGUGUAAAACACACACGCACAUUCUUCACUUCUCAUUUUUCUUUCUCUUGCAAUUGUAGUAUAGAUCUACAUUUCUUAUCCCAUAUAUCUAAUAAUUGCUAACCAAUAAGACUGAUAGGAUAAGAGUGACUAUCUUCUAAUUCGUUGCCAGUGACUACAGUGGUCAAUGAUGUCCUUGGCUAUUAGGUGUGUGUGUGUGUGGAGGGGGGGGUGCUCAUAAGAAAAAUACUCUUCCAGGAAAAUGUGAUGCUUAAAUUAGUAUCACUCAGAAUGAAACAGCUGUCCCAGAAAGUUUAAAGACAGCAUCUAAUAAAUGAUGUUAAUUAAACUGCAGUCUUUAAAGUUGAAUGACAUGACAACAUGGUGCUGCAUUCCCUAAGUUCCAGACACAUCUUACCAAGCUGGGGCUGGAUCCAGGAUGAAGUGGGGGAAGCAGGAAGCCAAGGCUGAUUCAGGCAGGCAGAGUCCAGUAGGCAAGAGGGUAGGAUAAGUUUUCACUCUUUUAGUUGUAAAAGUUCUGUCUUUGGGAAAUGCCAUGUAGAAAACCUAAUGAGGUCUUUAAAACAUAGCUCUAGGGGCUGGAGAGAUGGCUCAGCAGUUAAGAAUACUGACUGCUCUUCCAAAGGUCCUGAGUUCAAAUCUCAGCAACCACAUAGUAGCUCGCAACCAUCCGUAAUGAGAUCUGAUGCCCUCUUCUGUUGUUUGUUUGUUUGAGACAGGGUUUCUCUGUAUAGCCUUGGCUGUCCUGGAACUCACUUUGCAGACCAGGCUGACCUUGAACUCAGAAAUCCGCCUGCCUCUGCCCCCCAAGUGCUGGGAUUAAAGGCGUGCGCCACCAUGCCUGGCUGAUGCUCUCUUCUGGAAUGUCUGGAUACAACUACAGUGUACUUACACAUAAAUAAAUCUUAAACAAAAAACAAACAAACCCCAUAGCUCUAGAGGCUGGAGAGUUGGUUUCUUGGUUAAGAGCAUGCACUGCUCUUCAGAGUACCUAAGUUCAAUUCCUAGUACCCACGUCAAGCAGUUCACAACUGUCUGUAACUUGAGCUCCUAGGUCCAACUCCUCUAGUCUCCCCAGACUUUGUGCACUUUUUCACUAACAUAACCUACACACACAUAUAUACAAGUAAAAAAUAAAAGUGUGGGGCUGGAGAGAUGGCUCAGUGGUUAAGAGCACUGACUGUUCUUCUAGAGGUCCUGAGUUCAAUUCCCAGCAACCACAUGGUGGCUCACAACCAUCUGUCCGAUGCACUCUUCUGCUGUGUGUCUGAAGUCAGCUACCGUGUACUCACAUUAAAUAAAUAUUAAAAAAUAAAUAAAAGUGUGUAGCUUUUACAGCAGAGAAAGCUCUAUUUCCUGUAUCCAAGACUGGAUAAUUUAUGGUUGGUUUUCCUUACAGUAUUUAGAACCUUUUCAGUUAAAUUUCAGCAAUUUUACCUGAUCACUCUGGAGCAUUUUUGCAUAAACUAUAUAAAGAUGUAACAUUAGAUUGUGCGUGCAUAUAUAAUCUAUGUACAACUUACAGCUCCUGUGAGUGAGCAGGUUAUAUACAUGCAUAGAUGUAACUUUAUUUAAUAUGUGUAUGAUGUGAAUGUGGAGGCCAGAAGAAAACUCUGGAGUUUUCUCCUUCCAAAGCAUGGACUCACUCAGCCAUCUCACUGGCCCUAGAUACUUUGGAAUUCGGUACUGUGUAACUGUUGAAAUUCCUCCUUUAGAAUGUGUGUGCUACUAUGAUUGUGUAAAUCAUUAAAAAAUGUAUUUUGUAGGAAAUUUUCUAAA